AGAGAGGCAGGGCCAUUGUGAAUGCCCUCCGAUAAACAGCCGAUAAGACGUUGCUCAAUCUAACAAGCUUUUUGCUUGCUCCUAAUUCUCUCAACCGGAUUAUCAUCCAAUUACCUCAGGAACCGUGCCACCAACUUACUUCGCCAUGGGCUUCGGAGCUCCCGGUGGUGCCGCGACCAACUACAAGCCUACGCCGCCUGAGCGUGGUAGCUUUCCUCUAGAUCACUACGGCGACUGCAAACACCUGAUCUCCGAUUACCUGAAAUGCCUGAAAUCGAACCGCGGCGUGAACGACGACGCAUGUCGACAAUUGGCGAAGGGAUAUCUUGCUUGUCGGAUGGAAAACAAUCUCAUGGCGCCGGACGAUUUUAAGAACCUAGGGUUGACAUUUGAGAAGGACAAGGCUGCUGCUGCUGAGGGGGCUGCGGCGGGGACGGAGAAUAAGUCAUAGGGUCGGGGGUGGUUGCGAGGGUUGUACGAUAUUAUUGGGAGGUUGGCAGUCUUCGUGCAAAGCAUGAGGGCUGGGUUGGUUGAUGAUUUUCAUGAUAUGGUUGGUAGAUUAGUAUAUAUUCUCUCACUCUUCGGAUUUUUGGGCGUCCGGGAAAGGUGGUUAUCUAUAUUUCGUUCUAUGUAUGUACAGAACGUGCAGGAAUAUAUG